AUGGCCGGCGACAAGUACUCGAUAAUAUUACCCACCUACAACGAGCGAAACAACUUGCCCAUCAUCAUUUGGCUGCUCGAGAAGACGUUCACCAAAGCUAAACUCGAUUGGGAAAUCAUCAUUGUCGACGAUGCAUCGCCGGACGGGACUCAGGAUGUUGCAAACCAAUUGAUCAAGGCAUACGGAUCGAAUGUUAUCUUGAAGCCAAGAGCUGGAAAGUUGGGCCUCGGAACUGCAUAUGUUCACGGACUUCAGUUCGUUACAGGCAAUUAUGUUAUCAUCAUGGAUGCCGAUUUCAGUCACCACCCCAAAUUCAUCCCUGAAAUGAUCAAGGUCCAGAAAUCUAAGAACUAUGAUAUCGUCACCGGUACAAGAUAUGCAGGCGACGGUGGGGUUUACGGCUGGGAUUUCAAGAGAAAGCUGGUUAGCAGGGGUGCCAACCUCUUUGCCAGCGUUGUCCUACGGCCGAACGUGAGCGAUUUGACGGGAAGUUUCCGGUUGUACAAGAAAUCCGUCUUGGAGAGUGUUAUCAAGAGCACAGAGAGCAAGGGCUACACAUUCCAGAUGGAAAUGAUGGUUCGGGCAAGGGCAAUGGGAUAUUCCGUGGCUGAAGUCCCAAUAUCAUUCGUCGACCGUCUGUACGGUGAAAGCAAACUUGGUGGGGACGAGAUCGUAGAAUAUGCAAAGGGUGUGCUCAAUUUAUGGCUUAAGGUGUAA